UGCUACCCGAGGAAGGCAUAAAAUGCUCCCAGUGUGUUGGCCCACCCAGUGUAAUGCAUAAAUUCCUCGCCAACGGGCGAUUAUGGUGCGACCUAGUGCGUCAAACCGGGCCCAGAAUAAGCGGUCGUCCUCCGUUUGCUUUCUGCACUCGGCUGGACACCACUGGCACAACAUCGAGUGCGGUACACCUGUGUGCUAUCCGAGAGCGACAUAGCGGAAGCAAUGACACCGAUUCCGCACAGUUUAGUAGCGAUGCAACAAAAACGUCUCCAGUGCAUCGGCCGGUGGCCAUACCAUUGGCUGUCCCACUGUCCGUAGUACCGCCGGUAGUGGACGCGAAAGCGUUAGUUAGUGAAAUUAGUAAAUCGGUUGGAUUGCCGGCGGGAAGUACGUUUAGGAAAAGUGGGAAAAUUUUCAGUGAAGAUGGCACGAAGGAACCCGUGGUUGCCUCCGUAACGUCACUUCCUGGCUUUAGUCGGUUGAUUUAUCACUAUCUAAUGUUAUCCAAGAUCCGCUUGACGUCCCUUGUGGUGUUGACCGCGAUGGCCGGAUAUGCGAUGGCACCGGGAUCGUUCGAGCUGGGAACGUUUCUGCUUUGUUCCGCCGGUACGACACUCGUUUCCGGCGCGGCAAAUUCCAUCAAUCAGGUCAUUGAAACUUCGUUCGAUGCACAAAUGGCCCGCACGCGCAAUCGUGUCCUCGUCAAAGGAUAUCUUUCACGAAUGCACGCGGUCGGCUUUGCGCUCGGUGCUAGUACGGUCGGAUGCAGUAUGCUAUACUUUGGAGUGAACGAAAUGACGGCAUUACUGGGCGCCGCCAACCUUAUACUUUACACCAGCAUCUACACCCCAAUGAAACGGUACAGUAUUUUAAACACGUGGGUCGGAUCGGUUGUCGGUGCUAUUCCACCGCUAAUGGGUUGGGCAGCUUGUACCGGCGGAGAUCUCGGUGCCGGUGCGUGGAUACUGGCCGGCUUGCUGUACUGUUGGCAGUUUCCCCACUUCAAUGCACUGUCGUGGAAUAUUCGACCGGAAUACCUGAAAGCUGGCUACAAAAUGAUGGCCAAUUCCCAUCCGGCCCUCUGUACACGUGUUUCGCUACGACAUACCGGUUUUAUUGCGGGUCUUUCCCUGCUUGCCCCUGUACUGGACGUCACGAACGUUUGGUUCGCACUGGAAACACUUCCACUGAAUGCUUACUUUGCGUACCUUGCUUACGAUUUCCAUCAGAAAGCGGAUAGCAAAAGCUCCCGCAAGUUGUUCCGCUUUUCGCUGCUACAUUUGCCACUGCUGAUGGCAUUGUUUCUGCUGAACAAAAAGCAUUGGCUGUUUAGGGAGGAUGGUAAGAAUGAGAUGGUGGAACUGGAUGGUGCCAUGCCGACGGGUGUGUUUGUGAGUGGAAGUGGCGAGAAAGGCGAGGAUGGUAGUGAAUACCUGGUACCAAAUAUUGUGGCAGACAUUGGUGCAUCGACACCGUCCCCCGGAAGCAUCAAGGCGAUCGAGGAUAGUUUACUAUCGAACGUGGCCACUGUACUUCCUACGGCAGGCAAACAAAAGCUUUGAGCGAACGAAAGAGAUGCGAUUGUACAAAGGAAGCUAGAUUUACGAAGUGAUAUAGUAUCAAUGAUCAAUAAAAUGCCGUGAGAAAGGAAAA